AUGGUCGUAUCAAAACACGUCGAUUUGGAAGUCUAUCGUUUGUGUCUUAAAGAAGCGUCAGAGCUCUUUAACAUGAUCGUUGAUGGAUGUAAACCUAUUCUACCACCUAUACUGAUUGACCAAUUGACACGUAUGGAGAAGGAAGGAUUUUUACCAGAACAGACAUUGCAAUAUUGCAAUAGUACUUCUUUGCAAAAUGUUGACAAGGCUACACUCAGAACAAAAGGAAAGACACAUAUCCAUCCACUUCCUGUUAAGCUGAUACAUGCACGUAAUGAAGUCUGUCGUAUGCUUCAUGAAACAGGUAUAUCAUUGGAGAAAAUAUUCAUACCUGGUGUUGAUGAUAGAUUAAAUCGUCGAAACCAUCUUUGUCAACAGCCGUUAGCCGUGAUCGUGUUGCCUGGAGAUAUAGUGACUGUCAAAACUGUGCUUGAGCUUUUGUUAACAACAAUUACUCGCCAAUUUAAAUCAAGCCAACGAAUAGUAUGGGUGAACAUAGAUGGCUAUUGGAAUAAUCUUUUCCAAUAUCUUGGUAUUUUCACUUGUGAUAAUUAUCUUGCAACGUUUGACGUGACUAUAGUUUCUAGUCUAGAGAGUAUAGUUGGUCCUUUGUCAGAGUUUUGUAGAUCUGAAGUAUACAUGCCUAAAGAAGUAUGCGAUACAUUGGACAUCAACGAAAUUACAUUAUUUUUUAAUACAACUAGUCCUAACAAGAUUCGUGAUGUUAAACGUAUUUGUAAAGGUCUCAAUCUACCUAUCAAGGUACUACCUAUUGCUGUAUUAACGGAUGGACCAGUGAGAACUGCUGAAGAGCAAAGUGCUACUUACCAAGGUAAUCUCGAAGAAAAACUUCAUGCCAGUGCUAGUCGUCUCCAUGAAUUGGGCAGAGAGUUCAUUCAUGCACGAUUGAAGGAUCUCAAUAUUGAAAUCACAAAAGUGUAUGUGUGUGCACAUGAUGAAGGUGUUUCACUGCCAGACCAUAUUCUUAAUCAUCAAUGUUUUGAUUGCCUUCGUCAAGAACGCACACCUAUCAAACUAGGAGUCGAAACUAAAUAUGCACUUCAUCAAAUGCAUGGCGCAAAAGAACUGAACUAUGCCAUGAACAGGGUGUAUGAAGAAUAUAAAACUCCACUUGAACAUCGGGCUAUUAUUGAACAAGAUACGGGUGUUUUUUAUUCUGUAAAUGAUGCUUUGUAUGAUCAAAUACAUGUGCCAGUUUAUUUAUAUAAUUGUACUAAAUGUCGAUUAAGUUUAGAAGCGCGUCCAAAUACUAUUACUCCUGAAUAUUAUCAUUAUACAAUAGUUGAAGAUAAAACACUUGCUGAAUGGGCACGUGAUGAUCUUAAAUCAUUUGCUAAAUUCAAUGCUUUCGGCGGUAUCAUAUCUACUUUUGCACAAAUAAUAGGUUUAGAACCUAAACAAGAGUUUAUCCAACAAAGUAUUGAAUUGAAUGACCUGCUUAUCGCACUUUUAACUACUGAUAUUACUGAAAUACCUGAAGUAGUCAAUGAUCUAUAUAAUUGUUUGGCAAAAACAAAGAAAUUUAUUCCUAGUAUUGAAAUUCUUCCUGAUAUUCCAAUCGAAUUUCAAGAUAAAAUAUUUGCUAAUUUUGAUGCUUUUAUCUUUGUACCAAGUUUGUCCAUAAACAAUGAUCCAGUUGCACAUUGGAAGAGUAUUUUUGCUUUUUAUUCAAUCUUGGUUGGUUUGGAACUCGAAGAUCCUUUUCUUGUCAACAAACAAGUUAUACUUUAUGAUCCAGAGAAUACUAAUUUUAAAGUCGAACGUGAUUUUUACACAUGCCUGUAUAAUAAUGGCAUGUCAUCUCAAUUACCAGAAGACAUGUUUUUUGUGGCUUCAUCUCAAGAUGAAAUUAUUGAAUGUCUGCAAUGUGUAAGCAAAGUAUAUACCCGACAGAAACUACCGAUUUACGAACGAGAACAAGUAGAUUUUCCAGAUAAGCAGGGUAAAUUCAAUGUUGCACUGUAUUUAUCUGCUUCUUCUGAAAAUUCUGAAUAUUUGGACUUUACACGACGAAUAACUUCUCAACUGGUUCAUGGAAAUUUUGGUAUCGUCUCUGGAGGAGCUGCACAAGGUCCUAUGGGAGCGAUCCAUGAAGCAUUGACGCCAUCAAUUGUUGAAGAGCUGCAUUGCAAAGGUAUUCCCAUUUCUAAUAUCGGAAUCUAUACUCGUGAAACAAAAUUACGUGAAGGUAUUCCUCAAAAUAAAUUAACCUGGGCUCAUCAAGCCUCAGAUCUCUAUUAUCGUAUGCAAUUAAUGGAACAUCAUUCAGAUGUAUUUAUGAUUCUACCGGGUGGUAAAGGUAUUAUGCAAGAAAUAUCGAAGUUAAUGAUUGCGAAAUUAAAAAAUCAUGAAACUGUAAAGAAUAAACAUAUUGUAAUUUAUAAUUGGCAAAUUAAAUUAAUGAUUGAAGAAGAAAGUGGAAGAAAAAUUUUGACUGGCUUUUACACACAAUUGAUAGACUUAAUUCUCGCACAACAACAACAACAGCAGCAACCGAGUUGGCUUCAUGUCGUCACUAAUGUUGAAGAGGCUAUGGAUAUACUGGAAAAGCUUCGUAUGGAAAAUCACAAAAGAAUCACAAAAUUAUUUACCACUACUAGUAGUUUUCGAAAUACCUAG